UCUGCCAAACUGGGGGCCUGCCUCAGAUACGCAAGUCGUAAAAUGGGGACCUCAAAUAGUCUGGGGACUUGAUUUAAGUCCCCAUAUUUUUUUAUUGCUUAAAUCAAAAAAAUAGCAUGUUCUAAACCUAAAAAAUAUCGAAAAGUAUCUAGUCCCAUUUUCGGGUUUUCAUCAGACAUGUGAUUACACAGAUACCGUGCGGAUUGUAGUUGCCAUCUUCACUUACGCACCUCUGACGAUACACAUGUUCGAAAUGCGCAUGCGCGUGUGUAUAGAAAACGGAAAUGCCAUUUUGUUGAAGCGGGGGAAAAGUAUGUCGAGAAGAAGUCGGAGGGAACGGGGAAGGCCAGGUCAACAUGGUCAAAGAAUCAUUGACCGGGAUGCCUUUUAUAUUAAAGAAACUCCGAAUAAAGGAAGAGGUGUAUUUACAAAGAAAGAAUUUGGACAAAAUGAAUUCCUAUUACCGUAUGAAGGAGAGUUAUUAGAGAAAGAACCAGAUGUAGAUGACACAUAUAUUUUUGAAUUUACAUUCAAAGGAAAGCCUUUUUGGGUUGAUGCUUCAAAAGAAGAUGGAUCAUUUGGACGUCUGUUAAAUGAUGAUCAUAUCCAUCCAAAUUGUAGACCAAAAGUGAUGGAGAUUGAUGAAAAGCCAGUCAUUUGUUUUUUCUCUCUAAGGCCAUUAUCCUCUAAUACAGAACUGGUAUAUGACUAUGGCCCAGGCAACAUCUAUCCUUGGAGAGGAAAGAUAUUCGGAUACUCAAAAAGACCCCUGUCGAUUUUAGAUAAGUCCUCUUUAUUAAUUUACAUAAUUAGCUAUUAAAUUUGAUUUUUUCUUACCAUGCCAGUUAAAUAAAUAAAGCCCUCAUCUUAUAAUUAUGUUGCAUUCUUUUUUAUAAAACUGUUUAUCGUGAUUGGUUAGACAACCUUAAUUAAUUUUAUUUUUGUCCAAAAGUGACAUACAUA